AAGGCUUCAAAAAAAUAAUAACUUGUUAUAAAAUAUUAUUUAAUUAUAUGAUGUCGAAAUCUUCCAAAUUCUUUCUAUUAAAUACUGUUAAUUAUAAUUAAGUAUUAUUUUUCUUUUUUUUUUUAUUGAAACUAUUAUUUUUCUCUUUCAGAGUUUAUGAUUCACAUAUUUCUAUAAGAACAUUUUUAAUAGUAUUUUUUAUUUUUUAUACAGAUUUUAGCUCAAAUAAUAAAGUUUUGCUGGUGAAGUCAGUUGCUGGCAGAACAUUUUUGCCUUAUUUUUUUUUCUCGCAAAAGUUAUGCCGUGCACCUUACUUUGCGGGCAAAACUUUGCCAAAAAAAAUAACAUCAAAAUAACAUCAAAAUAACACUAAAAAAUAACAUACAUAUAAUAAAUAAUCAACAACAAAUUAACAUAAAUACAAUAUAAAAAGACUAUAUUUUCUCUAAAUAAAAUAAUAAAAGAAAAAUCCUACAAAUAACAUUAAUAAAGCUACAUUUGAAUAUCGAAAACAUAAAUGGGUAUGCCCGUACAUCUUAUUAAUAACAAUUAAAAUAAAAUAAAAAAAAAUGAGAAGAGAGACCUACCUUGCAUUAUUAAAUUUGCUAUAAAUAGUGAGUCUACUAACCUUUUGAGUACUCAAUAAAAUCUCAUUUUAUAUUCUGCAAAAAAGAACAUAUAAUAAACCAUAUAUGUUCUUUUUCUUUCCAAUCAUUAUUACUAUAUCAUUUGUUUUGUUGCAUAUCUAAACUAAAACUCUUUUCUACUAUAUACUAUGGAGGAGAUGACUAACAACAAUGGCAAUGUACCUAACAAGCUCAUCAAAGUGAAGAGAAAUGAGCCAAGUCUAGUUGUCCCAGCUGAGGAAACACAAAAGGGUUUUUACUUCUUGUCCAAUCUUGAUCAAAACAUAGCUGUCAUUGUUAGAACUGUCUAUUGUUUUGAGCCAAAAGAUAAUAAUAAUAAUAGUAAAGAUUCAGUACAAGUUAUAAGGAGUGCCUUGGAGAGAGUUUUGGUUCAUUAUUACCCUCUUGCAGGGAGAUUAGAAAUCAGCUCAGAAGGAAAACUUAUCAUAAAUUGUAAUGGUGAAGGAGCUGUUUUUGUUGAGGCUGAAGCAGAUUGUAUGAUGAAGGAGAUUGGAGAUGUUACAAAGCCUGAUCCUGACACUCUUGGGAAGCUGGUUUAUGAUAUUCCUGGUGCAAAAAAUAUACUUGAAAUUCCUCCUAUGAUGGCUCAGGUGACAAAAUUCAAGUGUGGAGGCUUUGCUUUAGGCUUUUGUGUAAACCAUUGUAUGGUUGAUGGAAUAACUGCAAUGGAAUUUGUCAACUCAUGGGGUGAAACUGCUAGAGGGCUUCCUUUAACUGUCCCUCCAUUCCUAGACAGGACUAUUCUCAAAGCCAGAAUCCCACCUAAGAUUGAAAAUCUUCAUAGAGAAUUCUCUGAAAUCAAAGACAUUUCUAGCAGCAUUAACCUUUAUGAAGAAGAGAAAAUGCAGUACAAGUCCUUUUGUUUUGAUCCUGAAAUGCUUGAAAAGCUAAAGAACAAAGCUAAAGAAAAUGGAUCACCAAUUGAAAAGUGUACUACUUUUGAAGUACUCUCAGCAUUGGUAUGGAAAGCUCGAACGAAAGCUCUAAGACUUUUGCCAAAACAAGAGACAAAGCUUCUGUUUGCUGUUGAUGGGAGGAGAAAGUUUUGUCCACAACUUCCAAAAGGGUACUUUGGCAAUGGAAUUGUGCUCACAAAUUCCUUAUGUCAAGCUGGUGAGCUCUUGGAAAAGCCUUUGUCUUUCGCGGUUGGGCUAGUUCAAGAUGCCAUUAAGAUGGUAACUGAUGGUUACAUGAGAUCAGCUAUAGAUUAUUUUGAAGUAACAAGAGCAAGGCCUUCAUUGGCAUCAACACUCUUGAUCACAACCUGGUCUAGGCUCUCAUUUCACUCUGCAGAUUUCGGUUGGGGAGAGCCUGUUUUAUCAGGUCCAGUGGCUCUACCAGAGAAGGAAGUGAUCUUAUUCCUUUCACAUGGGAAAGAGAGGAAAAGCAUUAAUGUUCUAGUUGGUUUACCAGCUCCAGCCAUGAAAACAUUCCAAGAAAUCAUCACUAGUUUUACUUCUCAUCAAUCACUAUAAUAAAAUGAAGAAAAGAAAAGGUUUCUUGAGCAAAAUGUAAAAGUAAAAUGGUUUGCAAAUAGUUUGUCUUUGUUUAAAAUGCUGCUUGUCUUAAUUAUUAUUACUAUUAAAUACUUCACUCUGAGUUCUCACUUCUCUGUCAUCUGUAUUAUGUUUGAAAGAGUUUGAAUGUUGACAUAAAAGUUUUACAUUAAAA